AUGGAGACUGCCACCCGAAAGGUUUUUCAGGAACGAAUCGACCAACUCGAAUCAAUGGUUCGGUCUUUGCUUGAUAAGCAACAAAGCAAACUCAAUGCUCCAUUGCCUGACAGCGUGGCGUUCCCCAUGGCUACUGAUGUCGUAGGUGAUGCAGAUCCUCUCACGUACGGGGUUGGGAGUAUGAAUCUGGAGAACCAUGAGUCCUCUUACGUAGAGAGUGAUCACUGGAAAGCUAUCCUCGAUGAAAUCGGUGAUCUGAAGGGCAUGGUGCAGCAACAUCCCGAAGAUUUAGGGGAUUCCUAUGCUGACCCGAUCAUUGCUACGAUUCCACCUCGUAUCAUUGUCGAUAGCAUGAUAUCGAAGUACUUCAAGUGGGCCGAUAUGCCCGUUUCCCUCGUUAUUCACCGCGGGGUCUUCUUCAAACAAUAUGAGGCUUUCUGGGAGGACCCACUUUCGACAUCGACCAUGUGGCUGACCAUACUAUAUGGCAUGAUGUACAUUGUGGCAUAUUGUACCCUCUUCAUCAAUGGAGAUGCAGGCUCACUUGAUGAGACGACGGCAGCUGAAUAUCGUAGCAUAAUCAUAAUCUCACGAGAGAAGAUGAUACAGUGCCUGAGGCUAGGCAACUACAUGAAGGGAGUGCCGCAUACUAUUGAAGCUCUUUUGGCCUUUCUGCAGACCGAAUACCUUCAAGGCGAAGACACACAACACGGAUGCUGGCAGUUGACAGGUAUCAUUAUACGUGUAGCGCUCAAGAUGGGCUAUCAUCGUGACGGCUCGCAUUUCCCAAACAUCAGCGUUUACGGGGCAGAAAUGCGCCGGCGUACUUGGUACAUACUCACGCAAUUCGACACUGCAUCUGCUUCCCAGGUCGGCCUUCCGCGCAUCAUCAAAGAGACUCAAUGCGAUACCGCUGAACCUCGUAACCUUCUUGACAACGACUUCGACGACACUUCAACCGUAUUGCCGCACGCUAGACCACAGAACGAACACACGCUUGCUCAAUUCCUGGUCUACAAGAGUAGAGUUGUCUCCGUCUACGGAAUGAUCUGCGAUUUCACUACGUCAUCCAAGCAGCGAGACUACGAGGAAGCAAUGCGUUUGGAUGUAUUGCUCAAUACUGCAUACGCACAGAAGCCUCCUAUACUCGAGCUGAAAUCCAUGCAACGGUCUGUCUUAGAUGGUGCUGAGCUCAUCACCCGCCGUAUUUAUAUGGCGAUGUCUUAUCAUCAUGCACAAAUCACCCUUCACCGCAAGUUCAUGAUUCUUGCGAAGGCAAAUAGCAAGUACAGCAUUUCACAUACGACAUGCGUGAAUGCGGCUACGGAGAUGUUACAACUACACGCUGAGCUAUUUGAGCAGUGCCAUCCGGGGCGUAUGUUAUAUACUGAUCGAUGGAAGAUUCUUUCUCUGGUCCAAUCCGAGUUCUUGCUUGCCACGACUGUGUUGUGCUUCAACUUGGAUGAUGAUAUCAAGAAGGGGCUGAUCGGUGGAAAGGUCGCUAUGAAGAGUGUAGAGGCGCUCGAGAGAUCGAGAAGUGUCUGGGAGCCGCAGAAAGUGUUCUCGAAAGAAGCUCAGACAGCUUUGAAUACUAUAGAUGUUGUUCUUGGUAGACUGCAUAGUAGGUCGGAAAAUAACGGCGCAGAUAACGCACAACCAUCUGAAGCAAGCGUUGGCUUCACCUCGUCAGUCUUGGCAGACAUGAGUUAUGGAGAUGGCCAGAGCUUCGAUCCACCGGCAGAUCAAGACCGUUCACAGACAGAAGCUUCUCACAGUAUGCAGGGGAGCUCCGCCAGCACAGCCUCUGACGCAUUCUUUGAGAUGGAGCAGGAGUGGGAGGGGUGGCUCCAACUCUGA